CCACAUUCACUCCUUCUCUCCCUCUCUCUGUGCGUGCGUCCUCUCCAAAAAAGAUCAUCUUUCUUCUGUCUUCUUGACAUACUGCAAUCAUGUCCGCAAACGGCGCCGACGGGGACCUGCUGCAGAUCCCUCUGGGACUCAUCAACAGCGAGGGCAAGUAUCUGACGGCGGAGACUUUCGGAUUCAAAAUCAACGCGUCUGCCAGCAGCCUGAAGAAGAAGCAGACCUGGACCCUGGAGCAGACCGGGGAGGACGGCAGCGCCGUGUUCCUCCGCUCCCACCUGGGCCGCUACCUCGCCACGGACAAAGACGGCAACGUUACCGCGGACAGCGAGACUCGCGGCGGCCGGGACUGCCGCUUCGUCAUCACCGCGCACGAGGACGGGCGGUGGUCUCUGCAGUCCGAGCCCUACGGCCGGUACCUCGGCGGCAGCGAGGACCGUAUCACGUGCUUUGCGCAAGAGCCAGAGAGAUGGAGCGUGCACCUGGCCGUGCACCCGCAGGUCAACCUGUACAGUUUUGCGCGCAAACGCUUCGCCCACCUGAGUGCGCUCGAAGAGGUGUCCAUAGACCGGGAUGUCCCCUGGGGUGUGGACUCGCUGGUGACACUGGUUUACCGGGACCAGCGCUACCACCUGGAGACAUCUGACAACCGCUUCCUCCGCAAUGAUGGCAAUCUGUCCACAAAAACGGACAAGGACACAGGCUACAUGCUGGAGUUCCGCUCCGGUAAAGUGGCAUUCCGCGACUGCAACGGCCGCUACCUGGCACCCGCGGGGCCUACCGGCACAAUGAAGUCUGGGAGGAGCGUGAAGGUGGGGAAGGAUGAACUGUUCGGCCUCGAGCGCAGCCACGCGCAGGUCGUGCUGACUGCAGGCAACGAGAGAAACGUGUCCACGAGGCAAGGCAUGGACCUGUCAGCCAAUCAAGACGAGGAGGGGGACCAGGAAGUCUUCCAGUUGGAGAUGAGCCGUGAGGACAGGAAGUGUGCCUUCAAAACUGCUUCUGGAAAAUACUGGACUCUGACUGCAUCUGGUGGACUGCAGUGCACAGCCUCCACCAAAUCGGCCAACAGUUACUUUGAACUGGAGUGGCGUGACGGUCGUGUGUGUGUGCGUGCAGCCAACAACAAAUAUGUGGUCGCUAAGAAGAAUGGGCAGCUAGCUGCUACAGUGGACAACGCAGGGGAGGCUGAACUGUUCCUGAUGAAGCUGAUCAACCGCCCAAUCAUCGUCCUUCGUGGGGAGCACGGUUUCAUCGGGGCACGUAAAGCUGGGAUGCCGACUCUGGACUCCAACCGAGCAUCGUAUGACGUUUUCCAGCUGGAGUUCCAUAACGGAGCGUACUCCCUUAAAGACUCCCAGGGGAAGUACUGGUGCGUUGGAGACGACACAGCAGUGGGGUGCACCAGCUCCACACCUGUCCAGUUCCUGUUUGAGUUCUGUGACGUCAACAAGAUGGCCAUCCGUGCUCUGGGGGGGAAGUACCUUAAAGGAGACCAUGCUGGGGGGCUAAAGGCCAGCGCCGACUCCCUGGACAGCGCCACCCUCUGGGAAUACUGAGAAAGCACAGCCGGACUUCUCCACUAUCUGACACAACGCUUCAAACUAUUGAUAGAUACUGUAGGUAGCUGUUUUUUUUGCAUAUGUGUGCCUCUGUGUGGGUGUGCGUGUAAUUGUGAAUUUGUCUGGAUGGAUGUGUGGUGGAAAUUGACGCUGAUAAACUGGAAGUCAUGGCACCAAAGCACUGCAGGUGUUUCAUUUUUUAUUCUUUUUCUUCCUCAACCUUUCUUUCUUCUUACUGAGCUUUUUACUGGAGAUUUGGAUGUACCGACAACAUGUUGUUUAAUGAAUGAAUCAAAGUGUGGUUAUUUGUUUCACUUCCAGUCAAAUUUACACAAGAUAUACCUGACCAAUGUCAGGACAAUUACUGUUAUUAGUCGUGCCUAUCUGUGGUAACUGCUGGUGUAAACAAACAUAUAGAAUGCGAUAACUCAUAACUUACAAUAUCUAACCCUCUCCUGUUUGAUGUCCUGCUGUCUCUAUCGUGCUGCUUUCAUAUAAUGCUCUCUUUCAUGCCCUAAAGCACAACAUGCAUCAGAUAAAGGGACUGAGUUACAUGUUUCUGCUGUAAAUAAGGCUUUCUUUGUCACAGAAUGCUUUAAAAACAUUGUAACCACGCAGUGUGUUGAGGCUGUAAAGAAAAAAAUGGGAUGCGACUGCAGAUCUAACAUGCUCUUUACCUACAACUCUCCACAUUUCCUUUCCCACUCUCAGAAGUGCAAUCAGAAAAAAAUCUGUAUAUAGACAAACGCAUCUACACAAAGUAGUUAAAGGUUUUGCUUAAUGACUAUAAUCCAGUCCUCUGUUUAGUCUAAGAUUUUCAAUUAUAUUUCAGGACGGAAACAAAUGAAAAGAGCUCUGAAGUGUACUUGUUGACUGAAGCAGCCAAAUGAUAAUCCUUUCAGUUAAAAGGAGUGAACGGGAGGCGGUGGGUAAAGCCUAGUUACUACACACUCAAACGCACAUAAAUGCAUACAAAUAUGCAGUCAUAGAUAUGCGAAUUCUAACAAAAUCUGCACAAUAACUGCAAAGCACACGUCUGUUGCGAUGAAAUGUCUGUCUUAGAUUGGGUGCUGCUAGUGUUUGUGUGUUAACACAAUGAAAGAGGCAGUCAUUCAUCUGGCUUUUAUUGUGGCUGUGCCUUCCAUAGAGUAUUUCAGUCUCUUUUUUCAUGUUCUUACAUUUUAACUGAACAGAGUAAAAACCCCAAUAAAGUUUCCCCUCUUAACAGUG